AUUCUCUUUUUCCUCGUCUUCCUCUUGUUUAUAUAUUCCCCCUCACCUGCCUUCUUACCUCCUACAUUUCCUCUAUUUUCCAUACAAACGAACACACAAUUUCAGAUCAAAAUCUAACCACAAAAAUACCCUUCCAAAAUGAAGCGAUUCAUCCGCCGUCUCUCCCGCGUCGCUGACGCUUCCUCCCAUUACUGCCUUCUCCGUUCCGACUCCACCGCUCGACAUCGCACUACUUCCACCCGCCGACCCGAACCGUUCCGCGUCGCCGUCUCUUUGUUGAAAAAGCAAGCACGCCGGUCGGUCCCCGAGGGUCACGUGCCCAUUUACGUAGGGGAAGAGAUGGAGCUGUUCGUUGUGAACGCGGAGUUGCUGAACCACCCGGUUUUCAUUGCAUUGCUUAACAAGUCGGCUCAGGAGUAUGGGUACGAGCAAAAAGGGGUGCUUCAUAUACCGUGUCACGUGCUGGUUUUUGAGCGCGUUAUGGAAGCCUUGAGACUCGGGGUUGAUUCACGUGACCUCAAGGAUCUCCUUGCUUCGUUCUCCGACGACUGUUUUUUGGGUUACUAGGAGGAAGCAAAAAUCAACAGAAAGAAGUCUUUUUUUUUUUUUUCUGUAAAUACAGAAGCGAGACAUGAGAAAAUUUGAGAUUCUGACAGAUGUCAUUCAUGUGUAAAGCGGUUUUAAAGUGCUGCAAAUUUUCUGUUUGGUUUUGAAGGAAACUGAAAAGGGAAAGAUUAAAAAAAAUACAA